GGGAAGCUGACACUGAUACUACACUGACAAUAACUCUAUCAAGUCAGCCACGAUAAAUUGCACUCAAUGCAGCAGUAGCUGAAGAUUUUUUCUCUUUGACGCAACACAAGUGAUUUGCACAUAUUUUAAUUUGGCCUCCUUAUUGGUAUUUUUUUUUACCACUUGUAUGCACAUUAUCGUGACAGUAUUAAUGUUUUUUUAUUCAUUUGUGACUGAAUUUCUUCAGUGACAAUACACUAAAGGCUGAGAAGUAACAAGCAGAGUGAACUAGAAUACAACAGAGGCCAGUAAAAUGCAGGAUUAUGAGGCAUCCAUCUCAUUUCUUGGGACGUGGGGCCGGUUUCAGAUGAAAGUCUUCUUUUUGCUGUGUGUCACCUGUCUUCCUGCCGGGUACAACAUCCUGUCUGUCAUCUUUCUGCUGGCUACCCCCCCACACCAGUGUUACAUCCCAGCACACAGGAACCUGAGCCAGGACUGGAUGCAGGCCAGCAUCCCACUGCAGUUUAACCUUGUGUGUGGCAACCGAUGGAAACAGCCACUGACCUCUCUCAUCUACUUUCUGGGAGGACUUUGUGGCUGUUUCCUCUCUGGACAGCUAUCUGACCGGUUUGGCAGGAAGCCUGUUCUCUUUGGUGCGAUUGCCACACUUAGUAUCUUCAGCCUUGCUUUGAAAUUUGCUCAGUCCUGGGCCGUCUUCACUGUGCUUUUCUUCAUGGUUGGCAUGGGUCAGCUCACCAGCUACAUAGUUCUGUUUGUAUUGGGUUCAGAGAUCCUCGCUGGCUCAUCUAGAGUUCUCUACUCCAGCAUGUGUUUACCUUUCAUGUAUGUAUUUGGUAUGAUGCUGCUUCCUGCUACUGCCUACUUGCUCAGAAACUGGAAACACCUGUCGCUGUUAAUGGCCGUGCCUGGGCUGGCCAGCCUCCCCCUCUGGUGGCUGAUUCCAGAGUCUCCUCGCUGGCUAGUGUCUAAAGGCCGUUUGCAAGAAGCAGAACGCUUGUUAAGGUCAGCGGCUGUGGAGAACGGAGUGGAAGCUCCUCCUGUUAUCUUCCUCUCUGCAAAUGUUCAACAGUCUGAUAGCAAGAAGGCUGAGACCCUCAAUUUCCUGGACCUCCUAAAGGCCAAAAGCAUUCGAAGUGUCACACUCAUACUUUGGUUUCUCUGGCUUUCUACACAUGUGACCUAUUCUGGGUUGUCAUUCAAUAUGUCUACACUCUAUGGCAACCCCUUCCUGAAUUACUUCUUGCUGUCAGCUGUUGAGCUACCAGCAUACACUGUCAGCUGGCUAAGUGCAUGCAGGCUUUCCCGCCGCCUGUCUUUUAUCAGCUUCUCCCUGCUGGGGGCGCUAGCACUCUUCCUCAUCCAGGUCACUCUGCACAGCCAUCCAGCUCUCACCCUGUUCCUGGUGCUGCUGGGUAAAUUUGGCGUUCUGGUUGGCACGGGCAUUUUGUACAUGUUCACUGGAGAGCUCUCUCCCACAGUCAUCAGAAAUACAGUGAUGUCAUCCUGUGCCAUGCUCUCCAGAGUGGGAUCCUCUAUUUCCCCAUACCUACUGCAGCUGGCUGUGUUCUACGAGUUCCUGCCGUGGAUGCUUGUGGGUUCUCUCUCACUUGUCAGUGUUGUGCUCUGCUUUUUUCUUCCGGAGACCUUUAGAGAGCCGCUUCCCGACACCAUCGAUCAGAUGCAAGCAAUUCAGAGAUUCAGGUGGCCAUGUGCCUUCAAGCCACCCCAGAAGGAUGACAUGAAAUCAGCUAAAGACCAAACGUCUCUGCCUGAGAUCAUCUGUUCAACGCGCUUUUAAGACUCGGACACAGAAAUGAAUGAAGCUGUCUUCACCAACGCUACCACCAACAACAAAAUGUGAAACAAAAGACCUUAGUCCAUUCUGACAAGAUGGUUGUACUGUUUUCUGUCUCCAUCAUCUUCAAAGACUGUGAGAGAAACCGUAGAAUCUCCAGCAAUAUAGCAGCUUCUCUCUCCACAUUACAGAACAAGGGGAGCUAAUACACAAUGAGUGUAAUUUUUUUUACCUUUUAAAAGCAAAGGGGGGAAAAGUUUACCACGAUGAAGGUCUAGUUUAGCGUUUUUCCCCUCCAUCGUUUGAAACACCGUGCCUUUGAGAUAAACAUUAUUGUCAGUCAUAUGAAUGUGAAUGUGUUUAAGAAAUAAAGAUCAGAAAAUAUACAUUUCAGAUGAAGAUUUUUGUUGCUAGAUUGCAAUUUUUUGGUUCAGUCCUUGGUUCAGUCCAGCAGGACAUAUUAUCAGAAAAUGACAUUAAAAACUGCUCAGACACAAAUACCAAUUAGCCACUGGGUAUGCACUCACCGGCCACUUUGUUAGGUACACCUGUUCAAUUGUGCAUUAAUGCAAAUAUCUAAUCAUCCAGUGAUAAGACACCAACUCAGUGCAUUUAAGCAUGUAUACAUGGUCAAGACAGUCUUCUGACAUUCAGACUGAGCUUCAGAACGGGGAAGAAAGGUGAUUAAAGUGACUUUGAAUCUGGUGUGUUGACUAGCUGGUCUGAGUAUUUCAGAAAUUUCUAUUGUAGGUUCUCUGCCUUACAACAUAAAGACCUUUGAGUUGGCUCCUAUUUAAAUUAAACUGAAUUGAACAGUAAUUGCUGAUUUACUGGGAUUUUCCUGCACCACCAUCUCUUGGGCUUCUAGAAAAUGGUCCAAAAGAGAGAAAAUAUCCAGUCAGCAGCAGUUCUCAGGGUGAAAAUACCGUGUUGCUGCCAGAAGUCAGAAAAGAAUAGCCAGGCUGCUUUGGGCUGAUAGGAAGGCAACAGUAAAUCACUUGUUACAACAGGGGUAUGCACAAAAAUCACAUUGAACCUUGAAGCAGAUGGACUACAGCAGCAGAAAACCUGAACAAGUUCCAUUCCUGUGAGCUGAACAGGAAUCGGAGGCAACAGUUUGCACGGAUUUAAAAUUGGACAUCAGAAGGUUGGAAAACGUAUCUUCUGAAUCCCAAAACAUUUAGAAGAUUGGGCUAGAAUUUGGAGUAAACAACGUGACAGCAAAGACCCAUCCUGUCUUAUCUGAAUGGUUCAGGCUUGGUAAUUCCAAAUAAGUGGGUUCAAAUGGGAACUUUAAACUGUAACAUUUGUGCAGUAAUUUAAAUGAAUCAUCUUUACUCCUCUUUCUUAUGUUUUGGCAAAACAAAGUACCAAGAAUAGAGCUUUUGCACAGCAGUUUUGACACUUCAUAUGUUUAAUUACAUUACUUUAGGCUCUGCAUAGAUCAGAACUGUCAUUCAAGUCAACUGUAAGGCCAAACUGUUCAGCAUCAGCUUCUAAACUAUAACAUAUCUGCAACUGAUGACAUGAACUGUACUACAGCACAGCUCCAUCUGUCCUCAGUGGCAGCCACAGCCACCAAAUUGAAAUAACCCGGCAUGUAUUCUUUAAUAGAAACAUGUUCCUGGUAUCAUAGAAACUCCACAACACCACAAAUCAACAAACAUUUACACAGAGACUCAAGACUUUACCCUUCCUCUUUUAAUAUGUAAUAAGUGAAAUGUGAAUGCACCUGCUGUACGUGUUUUGUUCAGUUUUAAUGAGUAACAGCAGUCACUUCAGCUUCUUAUUUAACGACUCCGCAGCAACUCAAAUCAAUGAACUUUCAGACAGUUUCACAUAAUGGUUAAUUCAGAAGUUUGUUCUUCAUUGUUCUCACAUGUUUCUGUGUGUUUGAAACUCUGUAUUGUCUUUUAAAACAUAAGGGACAAAGAGAAAAUUAAGGAUUCAAAUUGUUUUGACUACAAAACAGGACUUUAUCCUUCCUCUUUCAAUAUGUGAAACAUACAUUCACCUGUUUUCUUUGGUUUUAACUUGUUCUACAUGUUUUUCUAUUUUUUUUUUAACUUAUUCAGUUUCAAGGUUCUUUAUCAAACUUUGUGUGGAAACUUGUUCCUCUUAAAAAAUGUUUAACCCACAA